UGAAUUUGAGAGUCCUAUCUAAACCCAUGGCUUUCCAUGCUGCUCAGGGGGUUGCACAUGCCAGGUAGGGUGAAUCUGAGUCCUUCAAGGUCCCCUAAAGGAACUAUGUCUGUCUGGUGUCCGUGCAGCAUCCUGAAACCGGCAGCCAUCCUGGGGGAGCCUGUGAUGCUUCGAGCUCAGACAUCUCCCACAAGGCCUCAGCCUUCAGGGGAGCCUGGACUUCAGAGUGUCCAACCCCCCGCCUGGCUGCUGCGGGCCUGCCUCACUGGAGAAAGGAUGCGGAGCCAUUCAGUCAGCACCCAGGAGCCCACACUGAGGAAGACACCCCCGCACCAUGCAGACCUGACCCAGAGUCUGAGGGCCGGAAAGGUUGAGCAUCAAGUGACCCUGGAUGAGCUCCAACAAGUACACGCACUCUUUCAGGAACAUGGAAAGAAAGGAAGACAUCUGCUGGAUAUGGAAACGUUCAAAUGCAUAAUGAAGCAGAGUAUGAGGUCGCACGGCCACAGUACUGCACAAAUAGAGCAACUCUUCAUGAAAAUAGACUAUGAGGCAGUCGGGAGAAUCCAGUGGGAUGGCUUCUGCACAUACCUACAGCUAGAGUACUCGGAACAAGCCAAGGCCGCGGCUCGGCGGGCAGAGGCUGUGCUCCUGCUGCCUGCCACACAGAAGAGGCUGUCCUAUGGGAGGCCCGUGCUGCGCAUCCUCUCUAUGCCUGAUGACACCUUAAUCACCAUCCGAGAAGAUGGAGCUAUUUAUUUCUGGUCCCCGCAGCUGAAGUUGAAAAGAAAAAAGCCAAUUUUUGGCAAGUCCCCCCGUCGGAAGUCCCAGUGGGUGACAGACAUUGCCAGCAUGCCACAGUAUAACAAACUAAUCGUCGGGACUGGGAGCCGGGAACUACAGCUAUAUGAGCUCUCAAACUUGGAGCCCUACUGUCAGCUUGGUGGCCUGGAAGCUGUCCCCCUGAAACUGGACUACUGCUCAGUGGAGCAUGACAAGUGCCUGAUCCUCUAUGGCGAUGACCAGGGAUGUGUGAACAUUCUGGUUUUGGCAUCUGUAGGUGAACUAUUAAGAACCUGGAAGAAGAUGCCUAAAGUUGAGGACAUGCCGAGCAUCGCCCUUCGCAGUGCGGCGGCCUCUCCAAACACAGAGUACAGCCGCUGGAAGGUGCACGGAGAUUGUGUCACUCAGCUGAACUACUAUGACUCCAUGAAAGCUGUCAUUUCCAGCUCCAAUCACGGGCCCACAGCUUUAGUAAUAGGGUUCAUUAUGGGAGCAACAAAUGUCAAGGAAAAGCUGAAAGAAACAAGGAAUGUUGGGAAGACUGGCAGGAUGGGGAGAAGCCCAGCAUCCCUUGCUCCGCCCCAAAGGCGAGCAGCAUGUGAUCACACCGUGUUCCGCAUCCAUAAGGGAGUCAAGACGUUCUCCUUCUGCAGGAGACAAAACCUACUGGUGACAGGUGGGGUGGAUCGAAUCAUCAGGGUCUGGAAUCCUUACCUGCCAGGAAAACCAACAGGUACGCUGAGAGGCCACAUGGCUCCUGUGGUCUAUGUACACGUGUCUUCUGAAGAAAACAAAGUGUUUUCCAUGUCUGCUGACAACUCUGUUAAGAUCUGGGAUCUGGAGACCCAUGGCUGCUGCUUUACAGCCUCUUCCAAAGCCAGUGGCCUCAAGGGCGAACUGGCAGCCUGCCUCUACCUCGCUGGACCUAGAGCCCUGUGUGUGGCCACAGAUGCCCUGGCUUUUCUUCACCUGAAAGUAGGAUCUGACCCAGAACCCCACCUAGUGCGUUCCCACCAAGAGCCCGUGGUCUGCUGCAGGUACAACCCAGCCUUCAGGCAUGUGGUCAGCUGCUGCGAAGCAUCCGUAGUGAAAGUGUGGGACUUUGAGACAGGAAGACAGGUGUCUGAAUUUAUUGGGACUCAUGGCAAUGCCGGUGUCACCUGCCUGACCUUUGACUCCAGCGGAAGAAGGCUCGUGACUGGGGGCAGAGACGGCUGCCUGAAGAUAUGGAGCUACAACAGCGGACAUUGUCUCCACACGCUUCGGCACGAUGAAAACCGAAGUGAGGUCUGUGAUUGUACCUACAUGGAGGUGAAUCAAAACAGGUGUGUCAUAGCUGUUGGAUGGGACAGAAGAAUAAAUGUAUAUUUUGACAUACCUUGUGAUUUUCAUCAUUUCUGGACGCCUCAACCCCGCUGGCAGGAUGACCUGAACCAUGGGCACAAAGAGGACAUCCUCUGUGUGGCUCAGUGCCCGCCUUUUCUUCUGGCCACCUCCAGUUACGACGGAGAGAUAAUAGUUUGGAAUGUCAUCUCAGGCCACAUGCACUGCAAGCUGAACCCUCCUGGGUCCAUGGAUGAAGGCCCAGACGGAAGUGUUUCCCGACUCGCCUUCCUAAAGACUCGGGCGACAAAGCUGGACUCAGCAGGCGCCUCCCUCAUCAGCAAUGGGCCCGGAGGUUCCGUCGCUUUCUGGAAGCUCUUCAGUGGGACUGGCCUCCUUGCGAACUUCACUCCAUCCAGAAGGAAAGCCCCAGUGAGCAGCAUUGCGGUGACAGCAGAGGACACCCUGGCCUACCUGGCUGACCAGCAAGGCUUUGUGCAUGUCUGUGACAUCCGAGAGUACGGCCUCCAGGGACCAGAGUUGCAGGCUCCCAACACAGUGACAUCCUGGAGGGCUCAUGUCAGCAUGGUGACAUCUCUGGAGCUGAUUGAAGGAGAUAGCAUCUUACUGUCCUCCUCCCUGGACAGCUCUGUGCGCCUAUGGAGUAAAGACGGUGCCUACAUAGGGACCUUUGGGCAGACUCACCCCUGGGAUGUUUUCACCCCUGCCUCCUGGAGUCACCCAAGAGUCCCCUUUGAGGUUCUGACAGACCCUCAGAGCAUGCCCACCCACCUAGUACCGGAAACAGAUGUUGCUGCUGGGUGCUCGGGAGGACGGCAGGAGCAGGACAGUGUGAUGGAGAAGAAGACUGAAAAGACGCCUCCCCUCCCCUCCCUGGAAGGUCCCGUUGUUGAAGCGGAGGUGAGCGAAGAUAAAAGCCGAUGGUCUGCGUUUUGCCGCGGCAGACUGCUGCCGGCAAGAAGGCGGCCUCACUGGAAGAUGCCCGAGCUCAAAUGGCCCAGCAUUUACCAGGGCCUCCAGUGCCACGAGGUCGCCUGUGUGUCUGCUCCUGGGGAGAAGCCAGAUCUGUCCAUCAUUGGUGCGGACGCGUUCACCAUCGGUUUCCACAGCCAGGAAAGAGAAGCGGAGCUGCUGGGAAGGAAGGAACGCUCACCCUGGAGCAGUUUCUUGCCCAAGUGCUAAGGGCCUCUGCUUCCUUGCUUGGCUAGUUCUUUCCUGUAUAAUGGAAAGGUCUAACUGAGAUUGAGCUUUGCCCGUGGGAGCAAAGGAGAACAAAAAGAAAAAAUGAUCUCAGCCCAGGUGGGCUCAUCCUGCAGCAAUUAGAACUGAAAUUUCAGAGGACAAGUCGGAUUCACAGUGUUCAUUCUGGAGAGUCAGUGUUUCACUGUGUGGGGGAAAUCCAGAGCAGGUGGCCCCUAAAUAGCUCCUCUACAUACCACCUACCACUUAGGGCAUCUGCCCCUGGGGAGGCUGCUGAGAAACACAGAUGACAUUUUGCUAGUGUGUUUUUUUUUUGCCAGGGAGGCCUGCUUUCAGACAGAUGUGGUCUCCCAUCAAUUCCUAACAAUACCCUCGGUGUAGACACUGUUAGCAGCCAUCUUACCAACGAGGAAAUGCAGACUUCCAGAAGUCAACUGCUGUAAGAGAUAGAGAUUUAUCAAGAGGGGCCUGGCUUUUCCUCUCCCCCAAUACUCAGGAAAGGCUAGGUGUGGCUCCUAGGAGCUGGGGCAGAGGUGGGGAUCAGUCCCUCUGUGGCCAGUACAGGUGCCAGGUCAAAGGUGCUGGUGGCCGUUCUGUACCCUUCUAACCCCGACCACACCUGGGCUGCCAGUGAAAGAGAUCUACAGACCGAAUGAUGUUCGGGUAUUGAGAUAGAUCACUGGGUUUUUCUGGUUUCCUUAUAAGAGACACAUGGGAUAGAGGAGGAAGAGAAGGAGGAGAGGGGGAAGGCAGGGUGGCCCCCAGAGCCUGGGAAAGGCGGACAGGACUCACUGAGAUACCCCCAGAGCACAUUCUGCCCACACCUUGGUUCACAAUAAACGUGAGUUU